CUUAUGAUAUCGGUAAGAUUCUAUGGAACUGCAGCAUAUCUUAUAGACAAAAGUCUUAUACCAAUAGUUUUGUUAUGGAUUGACCCAGUUGUUGGAUAUAACUUCAUAACAUAUGGUUCAUUCGAUACGGAACGUUGCAGUGAAGGCUUACUUUACAUCGUUCAGAAACCGAAGGACUUCAAUACAAAGAGAUAUAAGAUAGGAAGAACAUAUAAUAUAACUCAAAGAUAUGACAGUACAGUCAAUAGAGUCAAGGUUGUGUUUGUUAAUGAUAUGAGAGCUGCAGAAACAGAACUACUUGAAAAGUUUGAGAAAAUGUAUGGUGCUCCCACGAAAGGUAAAGAAACGUUUGAAGUAGAUGAGAUAGAUAAAGCUAUAAAAUUGUUUGACGAAGUUGCUGAAAAAUACAUGUAA